CAAAAUUUUCUCCUCGUCACUGAUGCGCACAUGUUGAGUCGACUUCUGUAUCCGAAUCCUGUCUGCAUUCUUUCUGUAUGUUGUCAGAGAACAAGCUCGGAACAGCAAGCGUCUCAACAAGAUCGGAAUGUCAUGGUAUUGAGUUGGCUGACAGCGACGGACAACUACGGUUCCUUCAUCUGCAGCGUCAAGAGGAGUAGGCAUUCUCUGAGCCUGAUGCUUACAAGUAGAAAGUUUGUCCUAGGUGUUCCCGUCCAUGGCAUGGAAGAAGUCUUACGGCAGAUGGGAGGAGAAAGUGGCAGAGAUUCGGACAAGAUUGCAAAACUUGGUUUG